AUGAACCAUAUUUCCACUUUACUUUGUGUCAUUGUCAAGGAAUUGCCUUUGAAACGUGGUCAUUUGACUCUCAGUUGUUCAGAGAGCCUGGCAGGUCUCGAGCGCGACCUGUUAGAAAUGGAUGUUACGAGAGCAUUUAAACGAAAAGGAGUGUGCAAUCUGGGUUUCUAUGCAAUCUGUACUCGUAUAAAGCAGCUGUGUCAUGCUGUACUUGUGCUCACGCUCGGUGCCGAGAAUGGCAAAACGAUGCUGGGAAUCAUGACAACUACAAUGGCAGACGACUUCGCACUAACUGCGUUCUACAUAGUCGCCCUGACAACAAGACCAAGUUGCGACAACGAGGUCAACCCACUUCUAAGAUCUUCUCUGGUCGGUGGUGAAGGUCCGAUUUCCGUUGAUGGUGCUGAUGAGACUCAGGCAAAGUGGAAAAUGGAAAAUGAAAGCCAUCCAGGAGGAGAUAAGCUUUCGCCAGGUCCUUAG